UUGUGCUCCGUGAGCUUUAAAUUUUUAUUUCACCGUUCCUUCCACCACACCACAAGUAAAAGAAAAACUAUGCAAAAACAAGGAACACAACCAAAGUGGAAAGAAAAAUCUGUUGAGCUAACCGAGGACCUUUUCAAGAACACGAAAUGGCAUGCAGACGACCCCAUCCGGUAUUGGGAUACCUACUUUAUGCUGCCCGUCAAUGUCGAGUUUUUGAACACACUCAUCCAAUCGACUUCUGAGGAAUCGCUAUUAAAUGUCAAGUCCAAUCUCAACCAAUUAUUCAGUGCUUGUCUCGACCAUGUCAAGCAGGACACCAGUAGCAGCAACGGACACGAUAAAACUCGGCAGCUGCACGCGGUGGAUAUUUUGACGUGCCUGGUGCGCCAACUGUUCCUGAAAAAAAGACUGAGCCAUUUUAAUAUCAUUCAGUUAUUGACCGGAUUGGAUCAAGCAGACGCCAUGUUUAGCAGUUUGGUCAAGGCAAUGGGUGAGCGUUUGUUGGAUCCAGGAGCUCGUCCCCGGGUGCUCAAGUUAGCCAUCAUAUUAUCGGCGGGAAACGAUAAUGUCAAUCAAAAUAAUCUGAAUGGUUACUUUAUGCAAUGUGACCUAUCUAAUACGCUUAUUAAGAUUCUAGGCAGCGAGGGAACUGCCCGAGACGAGCUAUUGGAUACUGUGGUACUUUGGGGCAUGCUAGCAAAUUAUAACAAAACCGAAAUUCGAAAUCCAUAUUCCACACGAUUGUCUCGUUGCAAAGAUAGUCGCGUAUUGGAGGUGCUUGUUAUGCUGUAUACACAAAUACUGCCGUCAAUGACAAGACCGUAUAUGGACCUUAAGGAUGAUGAACAAACGGUGACCAAGUCAAUUGUGUCAUACAUGACGAGCUGGUUCUCGGGUCCUGCUGCUGCAUCAGCGAAUUCACCUUCUUCGACCGACAUUGAUAAUAUAGAAACAGCUGCUGAUUUGCCGCCUUAUGAAUCGGCCCUAUUUCUAGUCUUAUACGAUUUGAUAAGCUCAAACCCACACUUUAUCAUUGUAUAUCUGCAAAUAUGCACACAACAUUCUGAGCAAAAACAAGAUCUCAACCCUCUCGCCGAGCUCCUUUCAUAUUGCUCAUAUCUCUUUCAGCAUAACCGUAACCCUCGAUCAUUCAUUUAUACGCGAUUGACGCUCUUAAUGCUUUUAUGUCUGUCUGAAAACUACUCCGUAUUAAAAUAUAUUGCAAAGGAAGAUUCUCAGAUGACUGCACGAUUAUGUCGCCAGCGACCUACACCCUUACCUCUCGUAAAGAAACCACGAUCACUCUUUUGUGUCAUCCUGGACGUGCUUGUAAUUUUCCUCAAGUACAAUAUGCGAAAAAAACUGAGCCUUGUAACAUACAAAAUUGCGUUCUCAAUCAUACAUCGCAUCCUGCUUUACCUGAAAAAUUAUUCCGAGAUAAGUUUAGACUAUCACUGGGCAGAACUUUGGUCUACUUUGACAGCGACACUUCACUUUACAGUAACCCAUUUGGAUGAUCUGAAGACAAACGAGGACUUUGAAACCUAUAUAUCUUCGAUGAUGAAUGUGUUCAAUCUGAGCAUAAAUCAUGGUGAAAAGUUUCUACCGGACGUGCUAAGCUACGAUACUUUGUACUAUGAAAUUAUACGUGCAAGCGAUGACUUUACGGCAUUAGCACAGCACGUAAGCCACACAACGACCCGCAGGUCACCGCCUGAUCGAUCACCUACUUUGGCUUACACCGACUUUGACAAUGUCAAAUUAAUAUGCAAUCACUUUAAUCCUGUCCUUGAAGAAUGGCAAGAAAGUACCGGAAGGACUUUUCUCACACCUGAGAAAGUGAUGUCGGUAAUCGAGAAUAAUUAUGAUACCUUGCAACUGGCACCCAUGGACAAAGUAGAAAAGUACACCUCCUAUACAGAACUUCCAGCAGAAAUGGCGUUUUUCCGCCAGGUACUGCGUACUGUAACGACAGACUAUGUUGUACUACUGACACAACGCCAUACAAACUAAAAAAUAAAGAAGUAUUACGUCCUUGUUCCCCCAGGCCAAGCCAAGGGGAAUAUGAAAUCCA